GCACCCUCCAUAAUAAUUAUCAAUUAAUAAAUAUAUAAGAAAAGAAUCUCAUAAUACAAUCUCUUCGCAGCAGCUGUCCCAAACACACAAACAAACAGAUGGCUGCAUAUUCACUCAUUUCCACGGUGUUCCAUUCCUCUCCAACUUUCUCUCCACUUUCUAGCUUCCCAAACAGAAAGCCCUCUACUCUCUCUCUCUCCAAAUCCCCUUCCCCAGCUCUCCUCCUCCGCCGCACUCCACUCCCCAUCCUCUCACUCCUCCGCCACAACUCCGAUUCCUCCUCCUCCUCCGAGACGCCAUCGUCUUCCUCUUCCUCUUCCUCCUCCGAGACGCCAUCGUCUUCCUCUUCCUCCUCCGAGACGCCAUCGUCUUCCUCUUCCUCUGCUCUCAACUCCUUCCUCGUCCUCUGCACCUCCGUAGCUCUCUCCCUUUCCCUCUUCGUCGCCGACGUCGACUCCGCCGCCGCAUUCGUCGUCACCAGCCCCAGGAGGUUGCAGUCCGAUGAGCUCGCUACGGUCCGUCUUUUUCAGGAGAACACUCCUUCCGUCGUUUACAUUACAAAUCUCGCCGCCAGGCAAGACGCUUUUACUUUGGAUGUCUUGGAGGUUCCUCAAGGUUCUGGUUCGGGCUUCGUUUGGGAUAAACAGGGUCACAUUGUCACCAAUUACCACGUGAUCCGAGGUGCUUCUGAUCUGAGAGUGACUCUAGCUGACCAGACAACUUACGAUGCGCUAGUUGUUGGAUUCGACCAAGACAAGGAUGUCGCUGUGAUUCAGGUCGAUGCGCCGAAAGACAAGCUGAGGCCUAUUCCCGUUGGCGUCUCUGCGGAUUUGCUUGUUGGUCAGAAAGUUUAUGCUAUUGGCAAUCCUUUUGGACUCGACCAUACUCUUACAACUGGUGUUAUCAGCGGGCUACGUAGAGAAAUUAGUUCUGCUGCUACGGGCCGUCCGAUCCAGGAUGUUAUCCAGACAGAUGCUGCCAUUAACCCCGGUAAUAGUGGAGGGCCACUUCUAGACAGCGCAGGAAACCUCAUUGGGAUAAAUACAGCUAUAUAUUCUCCAUCUGGUGCAUCUUCUGGUGUUGGGUUCUCAAUUCCAGUUGACACUGUAAGUGGCAUAGUUGAACAGCUGGUGAAAUUUGGCAAAGUCACAAGACCUAUUUUGGGUAUUAAGUUUGCACCUGAUCAAUCUGUUGAGCAGUUGGGGCUUAGUGGAGUGCUUGUCUUAGAUGCUCCUGCCACUGGUCCCGCUGGAAAAGCGGGACUUAAACCGACUAAACGUGAUGCCUACGGCAGACUUAUAUUGGGGGACAUUAUUACAUCUGUGAAUGGGACAAAGGUAACUAGUGGCAGCGACUUGUAUAGAAUUCUGGACCAAUGCAAAGUGGGUGAAAAGGUAACUGUGGAGGUAUUGCGUGGCGAUCACAAGGAGAAAAUCCCAGUAGUACUUGAACCGAAGCCUGACGAGUCAUAACAUACCAAAUGGAGCCGGCAUGUAUAAAUUGUAUUUAUAAGGAAUCUUGUACAUAUUUAAGCCUAACUUUGAAGGCGCAUCUAUUUUUGUGUAUAUGAAUAACAAUCAAGUUCAAGAAUCAAUGCGUGCCUCCAUUAGUGAAAUGCUGACCAACAAAUCUUUGGCAGACUUGAGAA